AUGCCGCCAAAGUUCGACCCCAAUGAGAUCAAGAUCGUGUACCUGAGAUGCGUUGGAGGUGAAGUUGGUGCCACGUCAGCUCUGGCCCCCAAAGUUGGUCCUCUCGGUUUGUCCCCAAAGAAGAUCGGUGAAGAUAUCGCCAAGGCUACCCAAGACUGGAAGGGACUCAAAGUUACAUGCAAGCUUACCAUCCAAAACCGUGUUGCCAAGAUCGAUGUUGUUCCCUCAGCUGCCUCUCUGAUCAUUAAGGAAUUGAAGGAGCCUCCUCGGGACCGCAAGAAGGUCAAGAACGGUACGCUCUUUGGAAGAAUGGCUGUUGCGGCUUAGGCUAAAACAUUUGUUAUAGAGAAAAAUUAGGGUCGAGAGCCUCAAGGGCCUCAUCCCACAGUUCUCUGGACUGAAUUUCCGGUCCAGAGUUCUGCUAGUCUUAUCCUCAUGCUGCAUUUUGUAAUGGUAAGCAGCAGAUUUGUGGAAACGAUCGGUGGGAAGAUGAAGGAGGUUUGAAUUUUCAUUAAAUGUUUUGUUUUUAGUGCGCCACGGUGGAGAUUUGACAUUCGAUCAGAUUCUUAAGAUUGCCCGCACAAUGAGACCCCGAUCCAUGGCAAAGAAACUUGAGGGAACCGUGAAGGAGAUCCUCGGUAAGAAUUGUGUCCUUUUUGUCAUUUCAAUAAUGUGGUUUUUUAGGUACCGCCCAGUCCGUUGGGUGCACCAUCGAUGGAAACCACCCUCAUGAUGUCGUCGAACAGAUCCGCAGCGGUGAACUCGAAGUCCCAGAAGAGUAA